AUGCAAAAUGGUUCUUCAAAUUCAAGAAGAACUUCUCAAAGUACUGCUUCAUUUCAUCAACGUGUAGGAUCAAAUGGAACUCCAAUUAUGACUCCAACUUCACAACAUUUUUAUCCAAGACAACAUCAAAAGUCUCUUGGUAAAAACAGUUUAUUAGUAGCAAUAAUGACAAAAUUUGGUGGUCAUGGUGACGUAAAUGAACCAUCAAAUGACGUAAAUGGUAUUAAUAAUGAUGAAUAUAGUCAAGCUAGUGGAAGUGAAUUUGGUGGUACUGAUAGUAGAUUUAAUAGUAUAAAUAAUAGGGCAAAUAUGCAUGAUGAUGAAAUGAGAAUGAGUGAAGCAGAUAAACAAGCUGAACUUGAACAAGAAAUUACUAACAGAGAAGUCGUUGUUAUGACAAUACCUAAAAGAAGAUUAACGGUUGCGCAAAAUUAUCAUAAUAAAGACAAUAUUUUCAACAAAUUAGCAAUGGUUAAAGUAAAGACUCAAGGACGUGAAGCGUUUCGUAACACGAUUGAAGACUCGAGGACUGAAAGUUUUACUUCGGUAGACGAUUCGGACGACGAUAAAUUGCAAAAUAUUCCUGAUGUAAGUGACAGUGACGAACCUACAUUACGUCGAAGUACGCGUUCUAGAAAACAAGUUUCUUUUCAACAAAUGUUACCAACCGCUGAAGCUAUUCCGUUACGUGGUGAAAUUCCUUGUGUGAAUAGUUCUACUUCAACAAAAUCAAAUAUUUCCGCAACGAAAUAUCAAUUUUCAUUAUCUUCUCUUCUUCGAGAAAAGAAGCAUCGAAAUAAAUCUCUUUGUGAAUUAGAUGAUCCAUUUGAUGUCUAUGAUCGUACAGAGAUUUCUGCUGCAGUAUUAAACGAAGAUAUAAAACGUGAACAUUUGCAACAGAUUUUUAAAGAAGAUGAAAGUGAUGAUUUAGACCAACAAAUGGAAUUUUUCAUUGAUAAUAAUACAGAGUUGCCAAGUCCUGCUUUGCAGACUACCAUGCAAGCUUUGGAAGAUCCUGCAUUUGCACUGAUAGCCGGUUCAUCUUCUGACGAUGAAAAGUUAAAAUAUAUCCUAUGUCAAAAUUGGAUUCCACAGCAAUAUGAACUUGGAAUGAAAUUACCACCUGAAACCAUUUCGUGGCUAUUAGAAUUAAUAUGCUAUGAAGAGGAUACAAUUAUAAUAGAAGCUGCUUCCCAUACUUUGACACGUCUCGCUGAAAUUAGUGGCCGGUACAGUAUAAAUACGACUGUUGAACCUACCAGCGUACCGUUUUCAUCAAUAUAUCAAAUAUUAUCCGCAUUUGGCGCACCAUCACAAAUGUUAGGAUAUCAAUGUUUUUUGGAGGAACAAGCAAAGUCGUCUUUGCCAUUUGAGCCAUCAUCAUCCAAAUUUCCUUAUAUUGAUAAUUUACAAGUUCUUUUGAAAACGAUUGUACCCUUAAUUAAAAACAGAUUAUUAUCAUUCUCAGAUUAUGAAGAAAUAAGAAGAGCGAUAUAUGUUGUCCUUCGUAUGUCUUUGGAUAGGCGCAUCUCUUUGAUAUCUAGUUACAUUGAAAGAACAGUUGAUUCGUUUUUAGAUCUUUUCAAAGAUGAUGAUUGGAGUUCCCAAGCAAAACUCAUUUGUGAAGAUAUUGUUUCAGCAUGUGGUACAAUAGCAAAAUUUAAUGCUGUUACGUUAGACAAUUUACCCAUUUCAAUUCGUGGUCGUUUAUUACGAAGACUUUUGGCAUUUAAAUCUCUCUUCACAUUAAGUUCAAAAACUUGGGAUUUAAAUACGAUCGAUAUAACAAAACCAUUAUCAUUAGAACCACUUUUAUCGUUCUUUAACGGUGAAGAGCCGAUGUUUAAAAUUCAAAUUAAUACAAACUAUAAUGAGUUGUACUAUAAAGUAUUAUUGCUUAAUUUUGCUAUUGAUGACGAAAAACAGAUGACAUCUGAAAAG